AUGUUGGUUGUUUCAUUUUGGUAUCAGAGCCUAGACGGUUUUAGGACUAGGCCGUGGAGGUCGGGGCCGAGAUUGUGGACUUCGGCGGAUUCGGGAGAGAGUGUGGUGCCGACGACUGCGUCGGUGACCCAGUCGGUAUCCGUGGCGAGUGAGGCCAGUGUGGAUGCGAGUGUUGGUUUGGGAGCGGGGGCUGCUCCGGGUUGGGGUGGUGCUCCGGCUCAGGGUCUUGAUGACUUAGUGGUGGGUUUGCUGACGCAGUUAUUGGCUCGUUUUCCGCCAGUGGUUCCACAAGGGGCUCCGGGAGUACCUCCAGUGGCAGAGGUGCAGCAGAGGGCUGCGGGAUUUGUUCAGCCUGCAGGCUGUGGGUUUGAUGGUGCCGUCCUAUUUGGAUAUGUGGGGCACAUGCAGAGGAUUGGUACGCCGUACUUUGAGGGCGGAGUUAGCCCAGAGGCGGCAGAUGAGUGGCGUCAGAGAUUGGAGCGGAAUUUCCAGUCUAUGACAUUUGUGGUGGCAGGCCAUCGAGGGCAUAAUUUGGGCGGUUUUGAGUCCCACGUUUUAUUCGACUCUGGAGCAUCGAAUUGCUUCAUUACACCGGAGCGUGCCGAGAAGAGUGGCAUCCGGAGUAGCGCGGGCGAGAGCGCGGGCAUGGUCAAGGUGGCGGGAGGUGGAUUCUUGUCUACUUUGGGCCGUGCUAGAGGAGUCGAGAUCGAGAUUGCGGGGCAGUCAAUGCCAGCAGACUUAGUCAUCAGUCCGGUGGAGCUGUAUGACGUUAUUCUCGGGAUGGACUGGUUGUCACACUACAGAGUUCAUCUGGAUUGCUACAGAGGUAGAGUGGUCUUCGAGCGAGAUGCAGGGAGGUUGGUUUAUCAGGGAGUGAGACCGACUUCCGGGAGUAUUGUGAUAUCUGCUAUUCAGGCCGAGCAGUUGUUAGAGCGGGGCUGUGAGGCGUAUCUGGCGACGAUUUCUAUGUCUGAGUCAGGAGCUGGAGUUGUUAUGGGAGAUAUUGAGGUUGUCCAGGAUUUUGAGGAUGUCUUUCAGUCACUGAAGGGAUUACCACCAUCUCGGUCUGAUCCUUUCACGAUUGAGUUAGAGCCGGGGACAGCACCGAUAUCGAAGACGCCUUACAGGAUGGCGCCAGCUGAGUUGGCAGAGCUGAAGAAGCAGAUAGAGGACCUUUUGUCUAAGGGAGGUCUUAACCGAGUCACUGUGAAGAACAGGUACCCACUCCCGAGGAUUGAUGAGUUGUUGGAUCAGUUGAGGGGUGCUACUUGGUUCUCCAAGAUUGACUUGGCAUCGGGGUAUCAUCAGAUCCCGAUAGAUGAGGCAGAUGUCAGGAAGACUGCUUUCAGGACGCGUUAUGGGCAUUUUGAGUUUGUGGUUAUGCCUUUCGGUUUGACUAACGCGCCGGCAGCCUUCAUGAGAUUGAUGAACGACGUGUUCAGGGAGUAUUUGGACGUGUUUGUCAUCAUUUUCAUUGACGAUAUUCUGGUAUACUCGAGGAGUCAGGAGGAGCAUGCGACUCACUUGAGGUUGGUUCUGGAGAAGCUUCGGGAGCAGAAGCUUUUUGCUAAGUUGAGCAAGUGCAGUUUCUGGCAGCGAGAGAUGGGAUUUCUUGGCCACAUUGUUUCUGCAGAGGGAGUUUCUGUGGAUCCGGCUAAGAUUGAGGCUAUCAGAGAUUGGCCUAGACCUAGUAGUGCCACCGAGAUCAGGAGUUUUCUGGGUUUGGCAGGAUACUACAGGAGGUUCGUCAAGGGGUUUGCUACCAUGGCGCAGCCGAUGACGAAGUUGACCGGGAAGGAUGUCCCUUUUAUUUGGUCAGCUGAGUGUGAGGAGAGCUUUAGUCAGCUCAAGGAGAUGUUGACUACUACACCAGUGUUGGCGUUACCCGAGCCAGGGAAGCCUUACAUGGUGUAUACAGAUGCUUCAGGCAUUGGUCUUGGUUGUGUGCUGAUGCAGGAGGGCAGAGUGAUAGCAUAUGCUUCGAGACAGUGGCAGGGCAGUGAGCGUAACCGUCCUACACAUGACUUAGAGUUGGGAGCAGUGAUCUUCGCGUUGAAGAUUUGGAGGUCUUACUUGCUAGGUGAGACAGUACAGGUCUUCACGGAUCACAAGAGUUUGCAGCAUAUCUUCACUCAGCCGAUGAUGAACGCGAGACAGACGCGCUGGGUUGAGUUCUUGGCGGACUAUCAGGUGAGCAUUAACUACCAUCCGGGCAAGGCUAACCUAGUGGCGGACGCGUUGAGUAGACGGAGGUAUGAUUCCGCAGUUGAGCGAGAUGUGGAGUCUCUAGUUGGCGAGAUCAGUACCUUGCGUUUGUGUGCCAUUUCGCAGGAGCCUUUGGGUUUAGAGGCAGUGGAUCAGGCGGAUCUACUUAGCAGGAUCAGAGUUGCUCAGCAGAGUGAUCAGAGUUUGCUGGAUGCGACUAGAGUGACUGGUUCUGAGUAUGAGGUCUCUGCGAAUGGGACUAUCUUGGUUCGUGGGCGAGUUUGUGUGCCUAAGGAUGUGGAGUUGAGACAUCAGAUUUUGGGAGAGGCUCAUGCGAGCAAGUUUUCCAUUCAUCCAGGAGCGACCAAGAUGUACCAUGACCUCAAGAGGUACUAUCAUUGGGUCGGGAUGAAGAGGGAUGUAGCAGACUGGGUUGCGAAGUGCAACACUUGUGCCUUGGUGAAGGCAGAGCAUCAGGUUCCGGGUGGUCUUUUGCAGAGUUUACCCAUUCCAGAGUGGAAGUGGGACAGGAUUACGAUGGAUUUCGUGGUUGGACUACCUGUUUCGAGGACUUUCGAUGCUAUCUGGGUGAUUGUGGAUCGGUUGACUAAGUCCGCACAUUUCUUGGCCAUCAAGAAGACAGAUGGAGCUGCUGUCUUGGCUAGGAAGUUUGUGCGAGAGAUUGUGAGGCUGCAUGGAGUGCCAGCUAGUAUUGUGUCAGACCGUGAUCCCAGAUUCACUUCAGAGUUUUGGAGGGCGUUUCAGGCAGAGAUGGGCACUAAGGUGCAUCUGAGUACAGCUUAUCAUCCGCAGACAGAUGGUCAGUCAGAGAGGACUAUUCAGACUUUGGAGGAUUUGCUGAGGAUGUGUGUGUUGGAUUGGGGUGGCCAUUGGGCAGAUCACCUGAGCUUAGUUGAGUUUGCAUACAACAACAGCUUUCAGGCGAGUAUUGGCAUGGCUCCAUUUGAGGCUUUGUAUGGGAGGCCAUGUAGGACACCCCUAUGCUGGACCCAAGUGGGGGAGCGCAGCAUGUAUGGAGCUACUUAUGUUCAGGAGACGACAGAGAAGGUUCGUGUUGUGAGGCUGAACAUGAAGGAGGCUCAGGAUAGGCAGAAGAGUUAUGCAGAUAGACGCAGACGAGAGCUUGAGUUUCAGGUGGAGAUAGAGUUUAUCUCAAGAUGGCUAUGUUGA